GCCCAUUCCAUUUUCAAACUGACCUAUAAAAUACAUGACAUCUUAAAUAGUCUGAAUAGCCCAGUCGCAAUGGCAAAAAUGCACUCAUGUAUACAUUGUAGCGAAAUAAUUCCACUGCCAAAAAUAGCUACAGGUAGGUUAGUCGAAACAUAGGCACAACGGUUAGCUCGCUCGUCAGAAUUCCACUCGCUGAUGCCCUGUGUCAAGCGGGAGCUCAUUCCGGUUGCUGCACUAAAAUGGAUAAAUGGUUAAAAAGAGUUAAUCCCCGGUCCAGAGGGACACCAACCGCUAGGCCUACAAUCGAGAAUGCACCUGCCGGCGACAGCAACCCGGGUUGCUCUCCAAGUCUACCUCGGAUCAGGAUGUUAGCAGCUGUUGCUAGCCAAGCUACUAGCUUUUUUGUGUGCAAAUCAACUCGGUGUGACAGACAUGGUCAAACGCGACAUAACAACACACCUCUGUGUAAAGACUUUGAUGCCCUUUGCCACGACGUACUUAUGUGAGAGUGGGUUCUCAGCUCUGACGAGCAUGAAAACAAAAUACAGGCACAGACUGUGGAAAACGAUUUAAGACUUUCUCAAAUUCAGCCAGACAUUGCAGAGUUAUGUGCAUCCUCUCAAGCACACCCUUCUCAUUAACCUGUGGUGAGUGCGUGUGUGCGUGUUGGGGGGAGGGGGAGACACGUAGCUGGAGAUUGAAUGUCUGAAGGAGUAGGACGGGACUGUAAAAAGUUUGGGAAACACUGCUAGAGGAAUAUAUUCUUGUAACCGAUAGCUGGGUGUCAGUAGAGGACGCUGUUAUUUGAAUUCACGAUGAUCAAAUAAUAGGCUAUUAUUUGUUGACUUGAACACAUUCUUUAAGGUCGGCAAGUAAGUCCGUGAGUAGCCCAGGCAAUCCGACUUAAGUAAAUAGCUAAAACAUAUGGUUUCUUAUCAGUUUUAUCGCCAGAUGUUAGGAUUAGGCCAUUAGACCAAAUAUUAAAAUUAUAGACCAACUACAACGCUUAACUGUUCAGUUGGGUGAAAGAACGUCUGCGAACAUGCUCCCUUUAUUACGUGUGAAACUAUGAAAUAAUGACGGUCAUCGGGCAGCACGCUCCCGCUGCUGCUACUCGCGCGUGCCCUAUCUCAGUAGCAACCGGCUGAAAACACGCGCAGGACUGCCCUCGUCCACCCAGGUGUCCCAAACAGAUAGAGGACUGAGAAUCAGAAUCUCUCAAUAUGCAGGAAUUUCCUCCCAAAUUCAGCAAAGUCCUGGUGACACCAGACCCACAGUAUAUCCCAGGCUACGCAGGUUACUGUCCACAGCUGAAGUUCAACCUGGGGAAGACCUACGGGCAGCUGACGGCGGAACUGUUGACGUCUAAGGAUGUGUCGCGCUCCCAGCGCCUGGUGCUGAACUCGGGCCGUCUGCCCCGAGGCAAAACAGAGCUGGGGCCCCGCGGCGAGAUGAGGAGCAGCUGGGCUGGAGGACGUAGACAAAUGGACCACAUGAUACCAGGAUAUACUGGCUUUGUCCCAAAGAGCCAGAACUACUUUGCGCAGACAUACGCUGAAACCUGUCGUGAGGCAUUGACGGAGUUCAAGCAGGACCAGCGCAGCAGAGUACGGCUGGGCGCUGCUGACCUGCCCCGAAUGGCCGCCAAGCAGGGCCUGCUCAACGUCAAACCGCGGAAACUGAACACCCCACUCCCAGCUAUUUCGAGGGAGCCGGCCCCCUACGUCUCUCUGGACUCCUGUAAGCCCAAAGUCUCCCCUUACUCCAUGGAUGACCUCUGCCCACACAAGUACUUCAUCUCAGGUUACACUGGCUAUGUGCCCAAGUCCCGCUUCCUCAUUGGCAGCGGCUACCCCAUCACCACCAACAAGGCCCUCAUCCAGUUUGGCAGGGAACUGAAGGGCAUAAUUGAGGAGCCUUGGCCGCUGCCCCCAGCCCUGACCUCCACCAUCUACCACUCCAAUCGUGGCCUGCUGCCCUCCUACACGGGACAUGUGCCAGGAUACAAAUUCAGGUAUGGCCACACAUUUGGGCAACUGACCCACAAUUCUCUGGGCUGCACUGAUGGUCAGAGGAAGAUAGAGACCCGCUGAUGGACCACUGCGGGAUAAACCAGAGCAUCCUCAAGCUCCUUUCUCUGUAGUGGCAGCCAGUGUAUUGAUGAUUAAAUAAGUUUGAAUUUCAA